GCACGAGGCCAGGAGGACACAGUCGGUGUCACCGGUGACGUCUCACCUGUCGGUCUGUCUAGCAGCUCCUCACACCUCCACCGGGCAGCAGAGCAGGAGGAGUGUGCGUGAUGUUUAACGUCGUGAACCAGGUUCGGAAGUACGUCCCCACGCGCUCCUCGGUCACGGAGGACAUCCCCGUGCGGACGGUGCAGGUGAACAAAUCCCUCGGGACGCUGCGCGAGGCACCGGAGGCUACCUGGCCGCCCCCGGGCGCUAAAAUACGGAUCUCCAAGGCCAACAAGGGCGCGGCGGUGCGAGCCGUCCGGCGGCACCCCCCGUCACCCCAGCCGGCCAGCCUGGAGAGCCUGGAGGCGGCUUGGAGCGAGAGGGCGACCCCGGAGGUGAAGCCACCGGAGAGGAGCCCCGAGGUGAGGAACGGAGAGCCAGCCGGGAUGGAAGGUGGAGGAGGGCCUCCCCGGGUCAAGAAGAAGGGGUUCAGACCCCCGGAUGUGAGGACCAUCUUCUCCCCCGGAGAGAGGGACCCCAGGGUGGAAGAGGAGUCCGGGAAGGGACACAUCUUCGAGUCCGGAGGAGAGGACACCUGGUGUGAUGUGUGCUGCCGCUACAUCUUCCAGCAAGGGCUCACAUGUGCAGGGUGUAAGUACGAGUGUCACGCUGCCUGUCGGGACCGAGUGUCACUGGACUGUCAUCCUGCAGCUUCUCCCUUCAGCCAGGACCAGCUCAACAACAACAACACACUGCUACAAGAUGUGGGGAAGGAGCGAGAGCUGCGGACGGAGUUCAACAGGGAGGAAUUCAGACAGAAGAUCGAGCAGUACAACUCUCUGACCAAAGACCACCUCAAGAUGACACUCAAUCCCACUGGUGUGUAUACUGGUUUCAUCCAAGUGCAGAUGGACCUGAGGAGGCCGGUGACGGUGCGGGGGGGCCAGAGAGGAGCCGCGGGGGCGCUGGUGGGUGAGGCCUUCUAUCUGCCCCGCGGAGUCACCAACACCCUCCACAUCAGCUCCAAUAACACCGUCAGACAGGUGAUCGUCGCCCUGCUGAGCAAGUUCACAGUCCAAGACAACCCAGCCAAAUACGCCUUAUACAAACGCUACCGCAGGGAGGAGCAGGUGUACGUGUGUAAGCUGGCGGAUGGCGAGCAGCCGUUGUUUCUGCGUCUGGUGGCGGGACCCGACUCCGACACGCUCAGCUUCGUUCUGAGGGAACAGACCGGAGAAGUCAUGUGGGAUGCGUUCUCCAUCCCCGAGCUGCGUAACUUCCUGCGGAUCCUCGACAAGGAGGAGAAGGAGCAGAGGGAGGCGGUGCUUCGUCGCUAUGAUUCUUACCGGCGGAGGCUGCAGGAGGCGAUGAGAGAGCUCCGGGGACCCUCUUAGAGCAUUCACCCCCAAAAACAGGACUACUCCCCCUACUGGCUCGGAGGAGGGGACUUUUUUUUUACAUCCUCAGAGGAGCUGUGUCUACAUUUUGACGAGGAGAGGGAUGUGAGAGCAAAGGAUUCUGCGCCAGGACGAAAGAUGAUCCAAACAUUUAAAGGAAAUAAACUGAGAAAGGAUAAACGGACAAUAUUGGGAUGCUGGGGUUUGAUUCAGCCUGGAUGAAAGACUGCUGCCUGCCCACACCAAAGAGUCACUGAAACGUGCCAUAUGCUCUCCUCCUCUGUCCUGCUGUCACAUCAUGUCUCUUGAGUUCCCCCUUUGUAUCCCUUUAAACUUGUGAAAGACUCAAGGCCAUAUGUUGAGUUAGAGUUUUAUUUAAUUUUUUUGUUUUUAAUGGUUUGUACAUAUUUUUCUUUUUUAAUUUAUAUGGGUGAAGCUUUUUAUUGUUUUGUGUUUCUGGAAACAAAAAGUCUUAUUUAGUUGAGUUGUUUUGUUCCGAGGCGGAGCAGCAGUCUGCUCGUUGACACAGACGGAGAUAGUGGGAGAUAUUGAGCGGACAUACACAUGACAGGACGAGCAGAUCAUUAGGAGCCUUUAAGCAAAGAACAUGGAUUCUCUUUGACUUUUGCUUGAAUGAUCCUGAAAGUUGAGAAAUAUUUCUGAAGGGAAAAAGUAUGUAUGGAGUCUUGAGUGUGCCAAAGAAAGUUGUUUUUUUAUAUUACAAUUAUUUUACUUCAUGUUCAUAGCUGUUAAUAGAAUGUGAAAACGGCACCAAAAGAAAACACAACAGAUGAGGGACACAUACUCAAUAUUAAAGUCAAAUUAAAUACAAAUAAAAUGGCAUUUCAACUUACUAUUUAAUCAUCUUAAAAAAAAGUUUGGCAAUUAAAUUGUCGAUUAAGAAAAUUAAACUUUUUAGAUUCAAAGAUAUUUUCUGUAUUAUUAUUUUCAGGGUGCAUAUGUGCCAGCCCUAAUUACAGAUCUUCAAAGCAAAUAAGCAGCUACAUAUCCCGUAACUCUUAUUUCCAUCAUUUUGCUGCUUUUAUCACCUUUUAAAUAUCACAUACAUUUAUUUUAAAUGCAUAAAUAUAAAGCAUUUUUAAAGAAUCAAUGAAUGAUUGUUAUCUUUGAUUAUUAUUUGUAUUCGACUUAUUGGCACACUUCAGACUCCAUAGGGAGUUGUUGGUGUACAGAGGAAUAAAAGGUGCAUUUGAGCUUUAAUGGAACUGAAAACACAAACUCUACUGGCAGAUAAUGAAAGAGGAAAGGUGUUGUCUACUGAAUGAAGAAAGAAACGUGGUUUUGGUUGGAAAGAUAGUUAUUUUAUGGCGAGUGAGGGUGAUUUUGUUGGAUUUAAAGCCGAAGAUGCCAAUGUAGUUUGGAUAGACUUGACCUCCGACCUUUGACCCUGCAUGGUCACAGCAGGAGGAAUGACGGUUUCUGGAAGUUGACUGAGAAGUUUAGGAAAGUAGAAUAGAAGGAAUAGGACGGUAGUGAGCGGUGUGACCUCGAGGACAAUGGCGGGCUUGUCCUGUUGUUGUGCAUUAAUGAAAGCUGCUGCUGCUGCUGGGAGAAAUAAGGGAGGUCUGUGAGAACAGCUGAUACUGAUAUGAGUCGUGUUGUCGCUGUGUGUUUGUGCUCUUAUCUCCAGUCAAAACCUGCAGCCUUGACCUCCUUUACAGCCCGAGGUUCAGCUGGUGGAUACAAGGAAAAGAAAGACAUGCAAAGUGUGAAAGAAGGUGAACAGCUGGAGGCGUUUUUGUACAGUGAAGCUUCGUGACAUGUGUUGCCAGUAGCUGCCUUAAAUAUAUAUGCAAUGUUAUCUUUAGUAUAUGGAAUUUAUGGCUUAGAGACCAAAGAGUUUGUCAAUGUAGUUUUGUUAAAAGAUCUGUUGUUUUUGUCGCAGCAGUUAUUCAGAUAUUUGAUCAAAAAAACAUACAUUUAAUAUUAAACAAAGACAAUCAUUUGAACUAGAAAUGGGGUUAUUAAUAUCUAUCACAAGUCAUUAACAAAGGUUGAGUUGAGCUGAUUGAAGUGCAACACCGCCACCUAGUGGGCAAAGCCUGUAACUAUUCUCUCAUUUCUGUGUCAAACUAUCUCAUAGAUUUAUUUUUUUGUUAUAACCAAAGAUAUUUUUGUGGUGUUGCCUGGAGCAAAACAUAUAUCAGAGGCCUGUUCCCACUGAAGGGAACACAUAUAAAGUUUAGAGUUUUAUUUAAAGGGGUUUUAACCCUGGUUUAUUUUAUUAUCGAACACUGGGUUAAUGAUAUGGAAGCAAAGGGAAAAGGUCAGGAGGAUUUGAAUCUUACAAGCAGCUGAACGCCUAAUUGGGACAUUUCAAGGGCCAUUCUUCCAAUUGAAUACAUCAUUUACUCGGAAAUACUCGCAAAUAAAAUGUUAUUAUUUGAGACGUGGCAUUUUGGGAAAUGUAUGAUCAAGCUUUUUAAAACGUCUCUUUAAGAAGUACCAAAAACACCCCAAAACUAAAAGUUAUAUUUGAAUACAACAGAAUCUAGAUUAAUGAACUAUUUGAAAAUAUUUUGGACGUUUUCCCAUUAUUUAAUUCAAAGUGGUGCAACUGUAAAAGCUUUCAUAUUUACAUUUUUUUAUCCAGAUGUUCAACAUGUUUUUGGGGUAAAACUCUUUACUCCAUUUGCUUUGCCAAUUUAAAUGAAGUCAUAAAGUCAAGUCACUGAAAUGGUGAAAUGAUUAUUUUGCUCAUCUUGACCUUAAUUCUGGAUAUUAAAAGAAAUCACACAUUUGGUAUUUAGCUGCUUAUAAACCGUUCAAACAAUGUUGGCCUUGUGUUGCUUCCCUAUAAUAUCAUUGAAAAGAUACACAAGUCUGCAUGGAAACAGUUAAUGAAUCUUAAAGCCAUGUUGUUGUUUGUGUAUCUGAUAAACAACUUGUUCUGUCAGAUGACAUCAUACCAGACUAAUCGUAUCAGUUCAUUCAGUUUUUGGGGCACUUUAACUUCAGGGAAGACGGGUUUUUUUUUUUUUUCAUUUUUCUUCUUUUUCUUUAAACUUCCGCCAUCAAACUGUACUUUAUCUUAACAUCUUAUACACUAUAAUCUUAUUUUGAAAGAUUUUGUUAAGCUCCACACAUAAUUAAAUGUUUUUUUUUAAACAAAUGGAAGUACAGUGUGACAGAAGUUGUUGUUUUUUUUAAGCUAAUUUGUUUUUCAUCUUUGGUAUAUUUUGAGUUUAGCUGUUAGACUGUGAAUGGUUUUGUUGAAUGUCGCAUGUUGUUCUUGGUUUUGUCUUUUUGUGACACACAUGCUCUCUGUUCACUACGGGGCUUAAUAAUAUUAAAGCAUGCGUUAUCGUAGAGAAAACUGGGGGGAACACUUUUGGAGUGAACAUCUGAUGUUUUUUUAAAAUGUUGUCAGAUCUGCUGGUAUAAGUGAGGCUUGAUGAUUCAUUAACCUUUGAUGCAAAGCUUUGGGCCAGUAGUGUUCAUAAAUGAAUACUUUUAUAUAUGACAUCUGGUAUUUAGAAAGACAUUUAAGACAUGCAAACUAUUGGCUUCACCUAACAUUGUUUACCUUUUUAGAAGAAGCCGUUUGAGAAAUUCCAAACAUGUUAGAUUUGAUCUAGAUUGUGUCACUUUACGAUGUUACAUCAUAUAAUGCUGAUUGUUUGCCCGAUCAAUCAUUUGAGCAACGUCUAAUUGCUGAUGUAGGCCUCGAGGAAAAACAGAUGUUAAGUAUUUUGUUUCCCUACAGUUUCUUUACAGUUUAAACAAUAAGUCAAUAUGAAUUAAUUAUUUUAUCAACAGACAAAUAUUCUGCAACUAUUUUGAUCAUUUCUUUCAAGCAAAGAAAGCCAAAAAUGAUCCAGCCUCUUAAAAGUGUCUUUGUUUUACAUGUUGAUGAGAAACAAAGCAAUCCAAAAUACUAACAAUGAACAUAAAUUAGACAUAUCAGCCUUAUGUGGUGUACAAUUAGAUUUACACUUGAUACUUAAAUAUGUAUUUACUUUCUUGUGAUUUGAGACAUUGAAAUCUAAGCUGCUACUAAAUAUAAUUCUUGAUUUUGGAAAUAGAACCCCCCCCCCCCCCCACCAUGUGCAGCUUUUCUGUAGCUUUUGAGCAUUUGACAUGAUCCUCAUUCGCAGAUUGAAUGCAAGAAAAUCACUUUUCCGCAUAUUCAAGAACUUUCCAUUCAAAGCUGUGGUUUAGGGAUUUAUCUGAACAACCAAAUAGUUGUUGGAAAGUAGAGAAACCACUACAUGUACCAUACAUCAGUCUUUUUUAAGCAGCUCUUAAAUGACAUAACUAAUCUAUUAUCUAAGAUUUCCGGUCUUUAAGGCUUUUAUCUUCUGUUGUGUGCGAUCUGUGUUUAGCGUGAGCAUCCAGACACUGUACAUGUAAAUGCCAAAGAUCUGCAUGUAACUCUGUUGAUAUUCAUCUUCUCCAAUGAUGCCAUUUUGUCGACUAUUUAGAGAUCAGAUUGAUCUCGAAUCAUGAGUUCUUCAUUAGCAUCUGAGCUCAGAAAGUGAUUUCUGUUUGUUUUAAUUAAAAAUGUUCAGGUUUUAAUUUCAGCCCUGAGCUGCAAAAUCCAAAAUGAUUCUUGUGUUUGGAAUCGAAUAGAGGAUGAAAAGAAGAUGGUUUGUAAUGAACCUCUUAUUCAUCAAUCUGUCUAUUCAAGAUUAGCGUCAAAAGAAGCAAUAUUUCUAGUUAAAUGUAGGCUUUUGAGAGCUCAGAAUACAGCAGUGCCUUGCUAAAGUCAGACCGAAAUAGAAUCCUGCAGCAGGGCUUCCUCAUGUCGCUUUUUCUGCAGGAGAACUCUUCAGAUGUAUUUUUGUCGUCAUCUUGCGGUCUCUCUUUGAAUCGAUACCAAAUGUUGCCUUUCCUUCACACAGGGCAGGCUGCAUCCAAUAAAGUUGAAAUUAAAACAAAAACAA